AUGGACACUGAACAGGGUGUUCAAUACCUGGAUGGUCUUCUCGGUCGCCAGCUGCGCAUCCACACCACAGAUAGUCGCAUGUUCGUUGGAAUCUUCAAAUGUACCGAUGCGGAACGAAAUGUCAUCCUUUCCAACUCCUUCGAGUACCGUUUCCCGACACCCUCAGCCAUAGAAACCGCUGCGGCAAAGGAGACAGAGUCGUGGGAUAAGACGUCAGAAAAUAAGAGCGCCACUGUCAAGGUCAACAUGACUAACCGCCUCAUCGGACUAAUUGUGAUCCCCGGAAUACACAUUACGAAGAUUGAGCUGGAGUAG